AGACGGCAGAACGGGACAGCAGCAGGGUGAUGUGCCAUGGCUGAUUCUCUGACGGUGUCCCUCUAUGAAGCCUUGGCUGUUUUCGGAGAUGAUCCAUGCUACUUACAGCUGGGUCGUGGAACCUUUGGACAGCCAGUGCCUAAUCCUAAAACAGGAGUUGAUCCCUGUGAGGUGUGGUGCAGUCUACCUGUGGAAAAAUUAAGGGAAUAUUGCAACGUGAUCAAAAUCAGGAUGUUCUGGUCUUUGCUCUUCAGCAGGGAAAGCAUUGCCUUUAUGGGUGAAUAUAAUUGGCUCCUCCUGUGCUGGGACAUGAAGAUAAUCGAUGAUUGCACUGUGUUGGAAAAAGCUGCUGAUUUAAUUAAAAAAGUUGUUAACAUCCCACACUUCAUCAGUGGCAUCCUGAGGAUUGGCAGUGGAAUAGAAAAUGGAUGCUUCCACCUUGCAGAGGCUGUGGAAUGGGUCAAGUGUGUGGGUGGUACCAACAUCCUGCAGAGCCUGGAGCAGCUGGACUGCAGCCGGGUCAAACUUGGAAUUCUGUUCAUUGAGUGGAAAACUUUCAUCACCAAAGUGGCACUGGAAGGUUGUGAUUUAGUGGCAGAAUUUGAAGCUCAGACCUGUGAGAUCUCCAGGAAGAAAAGUGAAUUACUGAAGCAGAACGGAAAUGCUGCGUUUUCCCAAGGAGCCCUGGGCUCUGCCAUCGUGUCAUACACCAAAGCCAUCGAGUUUUGCCCUACAAACCACCUGCUGUAUGGAAACCGAGCUCUGUGUUACAUUCACACUAGGCAGUACAUGAAAGCUGUAAUUGAUGGAAAAAGAGCCAUAAUUCUCAAGCCUGAUUGGCCAAAGGGUCACCACCACUACUGCAAAGCCCUGGCUCUGCUGGGCAGGACUGAGAUGGCCCUGGAGGCCAGUGAGAGAGCCCAGGAGCUGUGCCAGGAAAACCCCCAGGGGCUCAAGGAGCUCAUCCAGCAGAGUGAGAAAUUCAAGAAGACCCUGCAAGAAGCCCAUGGUGCUAAACUUGAACAGAAGGCAAAGAAGCCUCUGCUUGAGAAAAAAGGCUGCACUUCUUCAAAAUCUCCUUCAAGAAUCUGCCAAGAACAGAAAGAAGUAGAAAAAGGCAAGAAGAGAACCCAGGCUGAGCCCAAACAUCCCCAGGGGCCUCCAAAACAGGAUGCCAAGGUGGCUGAGCCCCAGAGAUCAGAAGGCAAAGUUUCCACGCUGGAGGAGCCUCCAAACCAAAGUCAGCAAAACAAACAAAAGCCCAAAACCAAAACUUGUGACUAUGAAAAGAUGAGGGAUCAUGUGGAUUUGAAGAGGGAAUCUAAAGCCAUGGAGGAUAAAGGUUUCUGUGCUGUGCCACAGGGGGAUUUCAGUGCAGAUGUAAAAUCCCUGGGGCAGGAGGAUGGUGCACCCUUGGUGGACAGUCCUAAACCUUUGAUAUUACCCCUGCUGAGAGCCUUGAAUGCUCCGGAAUUCGCGGUGGAUUUCAGCUCCCUGCCCGACGAGGUGAAGGCCCUGGCUCGGGAUGGCUGCAGGUCCCUGCUGGAGCAGCAGUGCCACGGGGCCGAGCGAGCCUUUGCCCAGCUCCUGGCCAUCCUCUACAGCUCAGGAUUUUCGUAUGUGAAUAUUCUUAAUAUUAAUUAUGUUAUAUUCCUCUAUGGACAUGCCACUGCCCUCCUGGGAAUAGGACAUCCUGAGGCAUUGGCAAAGGCUGAACAUCAAUUUAGGAAAAUAAUGGAGGAAUAUCCAGAAGAGAGUUGUUUUUGUUUGGCACACUAUGGAAUUGGAAAGGUUUACCUCAGGCAAAACAGGUUUGUUCAUGCCCUCGACCAGUUUGUGAGAGCAAAGCUGAUGAUUGAUUUCAAGAUUGUCCCUGGGGUUUUAAUGUGGCCAGGAACAACCCAAGUCAUCGAGGAGACACGAAUAGAGAAUUUACAGAUGGCUUUAAGGAAUUGUAUUGAGGAAUGUAAAUUCCCUCCAGAGCCAGAUGCUGUUUGUCGAUAUCAGCAGUGCCAUGGCUACUCCAAAAUCCAAAUAUAUUUUACAGACCCAGACUUUAAGGGUUUUAUACGUGUUAUUUGCUGUCAGCAGUGCAGAGUGGAGUUCCACAUCAGCUGCUGGAAAAAGCUGAAAACAACAAGCUACAGUGAUAAAAAUGAUAAGGAUUUCCUUAAGGAAAUGUGUUUUACUCCUGAUUGUAAAGGCCUUAUUUCAAAAAUAGUUAUUUUCAGUUCUUCUGGGCUGGUAAAAUGUGAAUUUGAACAAAAAAUCCCAAAACCCAAGGAGCCUCCAAGGGCCUGUAUAAAACAGAAAUGUUCAAGUCUUAGGAAGAUAAAAAUGAAACAAGAAAAAAAAGUGCGGCGAAAACGAGCGCGAGAAGAGGCUCGGAAUUCUGCCAGGAAAAAAGCUGAGGAAAAGCAGGAGGGGAAUGAAGAAUCCCAGUACAGCCAGCACAGGGGUUAUGGCCAGGAUUUAUAUGCUGGGGACCAGGUGCUGCAGCACAUCCGGAGGAAUUCCCAGCAGAUCAAAGCUGCUGUCCCUGACGCUGCCAAAUUACUGAAGGAAUUACUGGCAUGGGGUGUGAUCAGAGAGGAGGAUUUCACCUCUUAUUCCCAGAUGAAUGGCACUUCCCAGGAGGUGCUGGAGCAGCUCAUCAGCUCCUUACUCCAGGAGAAAUGCAGAGUGCAGAGCAGGGGGUUCCUGCACGUGCUGAGCCAGCUGGGAGAGGUGGAUCCCAAAGUGCACAAGUGGCUGCAGCACCUAAAUAACCUGGGUCUGACAGCUACAAAAAACUUUCUCCUUCAAUAUGGCCAAGUUCUGCAAGAGCUUGACCUUUCUAUUUUAACCCCACUGUGGAACCAGAAAUAUGGCAAUAAAUUUGAUUAUGUGGCAGCUGAUGGUGAAAAGCAAGAAAUUUGUGAUUACUUCCUCACCCCUCCCCUAGAGAAAUCCCGUUGUUUUAUAUGGCUUUUAGAAGAAAACAGAGAACAUUUUCCAGGCCUCCAUCAAGCUUUAGAUGAAUUCUUUGAUAAAAUGGAUGACCCAACCAUUAUAUUAAAGAAGCAGGGAAAUGAGAAUUUAUCAAAUAAUGAAAUCAAAGUUAAAAACAAAAACAGGAAGAAGAAUUUGAAAGAUUCAAAGUCUAUUUUAGUAUUAUCCAGUGGAGUUAGUACAGCACCACGAGAAGAAGAGAAGAUAUUUAUAGAAGAAAAUAAUUUGUACAGAGAUUUUCCCAAUGAACCCUUUGUAAUCCCAGAAUAUCUCCGGGAGCAACUGGAGGAAUUCGAAGCUCUCUAUAAUGAUUCCAAUAGUAACAAUUAUCCAAUGAAUAAUAAUAAUAAUAAUAAUCCAGAUCCAAUCUGUGAGAAUUUAUAUGAUUAUUUCUCUCAAAUCUUGGACGAACAUGGCCCUCUGGAAAUUAAUAAUAAAUUAUUGGUUGGGGAAUAUGAAAAUUUCCCUGAGGAGACACGGAAGGUGGUGGAGGAUGAAGGAGGCCUGGAGCCCUUCCUGCUGAAAUCCCUCCGUUUCAUCAUGGUGGAUAACCUGAUUGCAUUAAGGAAGCACUUGGUCCUUUUUGAAGGAAAUCCAAGCAGAAACGAGGCUGGGAAUAAAAAAGGAAAUGAUAAAUCUGGGGAUUCGUCCCACAGCAAGCUGCCACUGAAUCCCUACGCCCAGGAGUUCACGCCUCAGUCGUACCCUUUGUCAGCUCCUCCUGAUUUAUCAGAUUAUCCAACUCCUCCAUAUUUGCCCUGCUCCUUCCCUGCCUCCUGCCCACCUGGGAAUAAUCCUCUGGAAAAUGAAGAUUCCAUGGAGAAUUCCAUGGAGGCUCCGUUCCCUGGGGUUUUACUGAACACCUUCCAGCCUGCAGGCCCGGCUCUGUUUUUGCCUCAGAGCUCCUGGGGUUAUCAAUAUGGAAUCUUGCCCCUGGCACAGCCUGCUUUUAUUUGUGCUGAUCCUGCAGCUCAUCAGGAUCAUCAGAAAUCAGCAAUUCCACGUGGAAAUUGUGGCCCUGAGGGGUUUGUGCCUGGUGAAAGCCAGGGGGGGUUGAUGGGGAACAGGGAUGAGCAGGAUCCUGCUUUGCCAAGUGCUUCAGAUGGAGCUGAGGGUGCUAAAAAGGGAAAAGAAAGGAGGAAAAAAGCUGGGAUGAAGAGCAAUCCUCACACCAGGAUGGUGGCUGUUCAGGUAAAUAAGGAAGUUGCUGAUAGAGAAACCAAUACUUUGCCUUUCCAUCCGUUUGAAAGUCAACAAGGAGAUAUUCUCCGGAUGGAAAAGGAGCACCAGGUACUGAAAGAACAACUCAGAGAAGCAGAGGAGAAAUUUGAGCAGUUACAAAGCAGGAGUUUGGAGGAAACUGGUGCUUUGGAAGAGCUCCUGAAAAAAAGUAUUGAAGAGACUGAGGUGUCCCAGAACGAGCUGGAUUGGUUCCACCAAGACUCAGAAGCACAAAUGAAGAAAUGGCAGCAGGAGAAGAAAGAAAAUCGAGAGAACUUGAAAGCUCUGAGGGGCACAGUUAAAAAACACUCAGAUACCAAUGAGAGGUAUUUGAAGGCCAUUGAUGACAAGGAAAAGCAAUAUAAUGCAUGUUUAAGUACAUUUCUGGAGACCAGUAAUAAAUUUGCUAAUGAGAAAGGUAAAUUGGAAGAGCUGAUAAAAAAGAGUCAAGAUGACAGCCAGGAGUGUGAGAAAAGAGCUGUUAAAGCAGAGGUCUCUGUGCUCCAGACCUGGAAGGAAACUGAAGUGUGGAAACUCAAAGGCACCAUUGCCAAGGCAGAAGGAAAUCUCAGGAUGCUGAAGGCACUGAGCAGCAGCUCAGCUUCAGCAGCUCCUGUGUUGAAGCCCCAGAUUGAUUCCUGGGAAAUAUUUGUUUCAAAUGUCAAGAAACAACUGGAAAAAGUCGAGGCUGAGUAUGAAGAAAAAAUGGAGCUGGUGAAGAAGGGUGCCCGGGACUGCCUCAGUAAAGUGGAAAUUGUGGAUUUUCCUUAUCCUCAGGCACUUGUUACAAUACCUGGCAGAUCUCCCAUGUGUGACCCUGCCAUUGUCACCUAUUCCUCAGCAUCUGCACAUCCCAGUGCCCUUCCUGCAUUUUCGAGUUCUGAUGGAAAAGCUCCAGCCCAGCCUCCACUCCAAGCACAGGCUGGAGCUAAGCCAGCACCUGCCACCUCUGAGGCUUCUUCUGCAGCUGGGAAAACACAUCCCAAAGCUCCACAGGGAUCACAUUCCAAUAAAUUCUCACCAUCCUGCCCAUCAGGGAUUUCUGGAAGUAACUCCCAGCAGGUCCAGCCCAACCAGACCUACCAAGAUCCCUCAGCUCUGCAACCUUCUGGAAUUCUAAACAACAAAAAGCUUCCAAAAAAAAUUGCAAAGAUUUUUGCCCAGCUCCAGACUAUAUUCCCAAACUACAGCAGCUCAGAGCUCCUCGGCUCCAUCAGGGACGUGCAGAGGAGAAACGGGAGCGCGGCGGCGGAGCUGAGCCCCGAUGAAAUCCUCAGCCGGGUCACGGAGCUCAUCCUGGAGCAGCAGCACCGCUCCGCUCCCCCGGCGCGGAGCCGCCAGGGUCCCGUGGAAGGAACGGCCCCCGGCUCCCCCCGGGCAGCACCCGCCCCUCCAACCUCCUCCAGCAAAAACCCCUCCCAGCCAAACCUGCAGCCCUGGGGCAAUGCUGGAGCUGCACCCAAAGCCAAAUGGAGAAAGCAGGAUGAUGGUGCCUCCAGUGAGGAUCCCUGCAGCAUCUGUCACGAUGAGCUGAGCAAAGACUGCUGUGAGCUCGAGUGUGGCCAUCACUUCCACAGAGAGUGCAUCCGAACGUGGCUCAAGCAGCAUUCCACCUGCCCCAUCUGCCGUGUCCACGCUCUGCUUCCUGAGGACUUCCCUGAGCUUCCUGCCUGGAACAAGUACAGCUGAACCUGCUUUCACCUCCAC